AUGGAUAGGAGUUAAAUUUUAUAGGAAAUCAAUAAUUAUAAGUAAUUAUAAUAAUAACUUUAAAAUUAAAUAGGUAAUCUAUUGAAUAAUUAACUAAUACAAAAAUGUAAAAAAUUAGUAUAAAGUAUAAAUAUAAAUGAAUAGAGGGAGACCUUUAAUUAAUUAUUGAAUAUUCAAUCUUUUAUAGAUUAAUAUACAGAGAUGAAAGCAGAUUGGAUAUGCAAUAAAUUCAAUAAUCAAUUUAUAUGUUGAUUUAUCAUAAUAACAAACAUUAGCUUGUCUUGAAUGUGUUUCUGAAUAUAUUAUAUAUAUACUAAUUUAGAAUAAUUGCAAUAAAUGUGGUUGAAGCAUUCUGAUUGGGCAUUGAAACUCAUAAAUAUUUAUUAAAAUAAUAUAUUCAAGUCAACAAGCAUAAGUAAUAAUUUAACUGAAAUAGUCCACAGAAGUUAUUUUCAAAUAAUUUGA